AAAAACACACACACACUCACUCACAUGUACAAAAGAUGGUGGUAAUAAAAUAAUGGCAAGCGUGGUUUGGGACUCAGCGAGAAUCCAAGAUCCAAGCACACACAGUAUCUGCAAUCCUUUCGCAAAAUCAGAAACGCAGGGUAGAUACAGAGUAACCCUUGAAGAUGGCUCUGCUUCCACAAAAUCCACCUCUUCAGCGGCACAGAGUCAUGAUACCCAACAGACAGGGUGAAAAGCUUGUUGGCGUAUUGCAUGAAUCUGGAAGCAGGGACAUUGUAAUUUUGUGUCAUGGUUUUCGAUGCUCCAAGGAUACCAGUCUGAUAUUGACCCUUGCUGUUGCAUUGGAAAAUGCCAAAAUUAGCUCUUUCCGUUUUGACUUUUCUGGAAAUGGGGAAAGUGAAGGUUUGUUUCAGUAUGGUAAUUAUUGGAGAGAGGUUGACGAUUUACAUGCUGUAACUCAACAUUUCCGUGAAUCUAACCGUGUAAUCAGUGCAAUUGUUGGUCAUAGUAAAGGAGGUGACAUAGUGCUUCUGUAUGCUUCAAAAUAUCAUGACAUUAAAACAGUUGUCAACCUUUCUGGGCGUUAUGAUCUGAAGGAAGGCAUUGAAGAACGCCUUGGAAAAGAUUAUUUGGAAAGAAUUAGGAAGGACGGUUUCAUUGAUGUUAAGAAGAGCAGGUCAGAAACUUUUGAUUUCCGUGUAACUGUAGAAAGUUUGAUGGAUCGGUUGGGUACAAAUAUGUAUGAAGCAUGCCUUCAGAUUGACAAAGAAUGCAGGGUCCUUACAAUUCAUGGUUCUUCCGAUGAAAUUAUUCCAGUGGAAGAUGCUUUUGAGUUUGCCAAGAUCAUACCAAACCUGAAGUUGCAUGUCAUUGAAGGGGCUGAUCAUAGAUUCAGUAAUCAUCGAGAGGAGUUAUCCUCUGUUGUUGUGAACUUCAUAAAAGAAACCUUGCCCUUGCACCAGGUCAAGGGUACUGAUAGCUAGUUAUCCUUUCUUGCUAGCAUACAUGUGAAACACGUGUGAACUUAGUUAUGUUUUUCUAAUGACAUACUUGUGAUGUAUCUUGAAGUUUCGAGCCUAUUGAAUAUUGGUACGAAGACAAAUUUUCACUCUUCAGGGUCCUAAUUACCCGCACUUGAUGUUGCACGCAAUUUUUUUAUGGCUGCAAUAAGAUGAUUUGAACUUAAGAUUUCA